UUCCUCUUUGGAGAGUUAUAAUUUUCAACUUCAUUCCUUAAUUCCUUUCUAUUCUGGUGUUAAUUUUCUCCUUCAACCUAGAUGUUUUUAUCCUCACUUUAGAUCUCCAGCUCACCUCUGUAUUGUAUAUCCUCAUAUCAAACUAGUGCUUAUAACCCCAGAAUGAGAAAUUACCCAAAACAAUAAAAAAAAAAAAGCAAACAAAACAAAAGGCUAUAUAUUGAGAAAAUUUAAUAAAAACCCUAUUGUACCUACAAGAAUGGCAAAUCAUUCACAAGUGAUUUUUCUCGUUUCAAUUUCUCUAUUGUCUUUAUUAGCCUCCCAAAUAUGUUGCCUUCCACUCUCAGUAAGUAACAGAUGGAUCGUGGAUUCUAAAACAGGACAACAUGUGAAGUUACAAUGCGCGAAUUGGCCAUCUCAUAUGAGUGUCAUGUUGGCAGAAGGAUUAGACAAGCAACCCAUAAAGCAUAUUAUAUUACAAUUGCACAAUCUGAAGUUGAAUUGCGUGCGCCUCACAUGGGCCACUUACAUGUUCACUCGUUACUCCAACAACACUGUUCAACAAACUCUUGAUUCACUUGGUUUGGCAAAUACUAAAGCUGGCAUCACUGAACACAACCACGAUGUUCUCACUAUGACUCACCCUCAAGCUUAUGUUUAUGUCGUGGAUCAGCUUGCUGCUCAGAACAUAAUGAUCAUUUCUGAUAACCAUAUCAGUGAACCUAAGUGGUGUUGUGCCCCUGAUGAUGGUAAUGCUUUCUUUGGAGACACCAGUUUUGAUCCCAAAGAAUGGCUUCAAGGGCUUUCCAUGGCCGCUCAGUUAUUGAAGGACAAACCCAAUGUGGUGGUAAUGAGCUUGAGAAAUGAGCUACGAGGUCCACUUCAAAACACUAAUUCUUGGUAUGGGAAUAUGACCCAAGGAGCACAAACUGUUCAUCAAGGGAACCCAAACGUGGUAGUCCUCAUUUCAGGUUUCUACAACGACAAUGACCUGAGCUUUUUAAAGGACAAGCCAUUGAACCUAACUUUUAAGGAUAAGUUGGCAUACGAGGUACAUGCUUACACUGUUUCAGAUCCAAGCUCAAAGGAGGCCAUGUCAAGCAUAUUUUAUCAUCCACAAACUGGUCAAUGCAUGAAAAGUAGGAAGCUUGGUGAUCAAGUGGAAGUGAAUGAAUGUAAAAGGGUGAGUGGGUGGAGUCUAAAUGGGACACAGAUCAAAUUUCAGAGCAGACGGAAAGUCAAGUGUUUGAAGGCAAAUGGAGAUGGGAAUCCAGUGUUGCUCACAAAAGAUUGCUCUAAUACAAACCAAACGUCAUGGAAACCCAUAACAGAGUCUGGCAUGCACUGGGCUACCGUAGAUGCACAAGGCAACCAAUUAUGCAUGCAAAAAGAUGCUAACUCGUCAACCAUCUUGACUGCAAAAUGCAUUUGUGCAGAUUCCAAUUCUUCAUGUAUGGACAAUCCUCAAAGCCAGUGGUUUCAAUUUGUUUCAAGUAAUGUUAAGUGA